AUGAGUGAGGCUAAAGACAUGGCAACUUUCCAGGAUAUUCAGCGGAGCUACCCUCCCGGGGAAGAGAUGGUGGUACAUUACGUCAUAGACCCAGGCUCGGAGCUACAGACCAGCAAGAGGGACUGGGUCGGUCUGUUUCGAGUCGGCUGGACCUCCAGUAGAGACUACUACACCUUCGAGUGGGCCACUCAGCCUGACGCCGACACCAAAGAGGGCUGCGUCACAUUCGCCGGCCGUCGUCUCCCGCCCGAAGACGGUCAUUUCUACCAGCUCUGCUUCGUCAGUCGGGAUGGAGCCGUACGGGGCGCCAGCGCUCCGUUUCAGUUCGCACCUCUCAGCGUCUCCCUGGACGACAUGGAGCUGGUGGAGGUCACGGACGACAGCAUGAAGAGCAUAAUGGUUCUACAGAAGAAGCCCAAGAAGGAAGAAAUGGAGUCGUUGCGUCGCGAGGUACGCGCGGAAUUGGGCGAAGAGCUGACCGCGGCGAAGGCCGAGAACGAAGCGCUCGCUGGCGAAAAUGCAGGUCUCCGUCAGAAAUUCGAGGCAGCCACUUCUGCCGCUCAGGGUCAGUUAGUGGCGCUGAAUACGGAAGUGAACGCCCUGAAAGAGGAAAUUGAAAGGGCUAGGAAGGAGACAGAGGAAGAGAAGAGAAAAUCUGCAGAGAAAGAUGCUCGUGUCGUAGAGCUGGAACGUGAGGUUGCCAUUAAAUGCGAGGCUGAGCAACGGCUCACAGAGCAGGUGAAGCGAGAGCAGGCGAGGAACCAGGAGCUCCUGACGGCCAAGGAGAGCGAGGAACAGGAGGUGAAGGUGCUGAAGGGACGCGUGUCAGCAGUAGAGGGGGAAUUGGUGGUGGUAACGAGUGAGGCUGAAGAGCUGAGGCAGCAGAUAAGGAUCAAGGAAUCACAGGUGGACGAUCUCCGUAGACUGGUGGGCACACGAGGCGAGGAGCUCGAGCAAAUCACCGAGAAAUUGGAGACGGCAGAAGCGACGAAUGCAGAGCUCCAUGCAGUGUGUGCGGAGCUGAGGGGCAGAGUGCAGGAAAGCCAGGGAGAGCAGCUGCAACAACAGAGCAGUCUCAGUGCCAACAUCAGUGCUGCACUCUCACAGAAAGACGAGCAGAUUGAGAAGCUGGAGCAGGAGUUAGCUUGUACGCAGGCCAACAUAGUGGAACUGGUGGGUGCACGGAAGGACAAGAACCCCCAGCCCAUGCCUCCCCCGCCCCCUAAUGUUGUCGACAAGGGAGCAUAUGUUGCACUCCAGCAGGCAUACGAAAACCUUGAGAAGUAUUAUUCCGAGGAAAGGGAGAAGAACGUGAGAGUUUUGCUUCAACUGAAGAAAUUCCAGGAGGAAAGCGCAAGGCUUCAAAGCAACCACGAUAAAAUGGUGGAGCGAGUGAAGCAUUGUCAAGCCGAGUAUACAGCAAAGGCACAAGAGUGCGUCGAACUGCGACGAAAACUAAAGAAAGAAGGGAUCCCUGCCACUCCACCAGCAGCCCAACAAGAGCACGAGGAAAUGGUCCAAAAUUGUGAAAAAGCCGCAGCCGAGUUGAGUAUUCGCAGGAAGGAGCGCACCGACAUGGAGAGCAAAAUCACUGCCCUGGAAAUGGAGCUGGCCCAAGCCAAACAACGCUACCUGGGCCUUGAAGAUCGCCAUGACAAGAGAAUUUCAGAGAAGAACGAAGAAAUUCAACGACAGAAGAUGGUGUUUGAAGAGAAAGCGAAAGAGUACGCAGCCCUCCUGACUGAAAGAGAUCACCUGAAGGCCAAAGUGGCUCAACUCUCAGAGAGCGUGAAGAGAAGUGACAAAAGUUCUCGCAGCUGCCCCAUGUGCAACAUGAAGUUCCCUCUCCGAACGUCAGAGCAAGAUUUCGAGAAACAUGUCAACACACACUUCGAAGAAGAAGAAACUGUUUAA